GGCGGGACACGUGCGUCCGCGACGCCCCGGACCUCCAGGCGUCCCCGCGCUGGCCGAGGGCGGGGCAGCCGCGCGGCGCUCCCCUCCUCUCCUCUCCUCCCCGCCCAGCCUCCGGUUGGCCGCCGCACUCCGCCCUAGGCUCGCUGCGAGCUGCCGGCCGAGCCAUGGGCUGCGACGGCCGGGUGUCUGAGCUGCUCCGCCGCAACCUACAGCCCACGCUUACCUACUGGAGCGUCUUCUUCAGCUUCGGCCUGUGCAUCGCCUUCCUGGGGCCCACGCUUCUGGACCUGCGCUGCCAGACGCACAGCUCGUUGCCCCAGAUCUCCUGGGUCUUCUUCUCGCAGCAGCUCUGCCUCCUGCUGGGCAGCGCCCUCGGGGGUGUCUUCAAGAGGACCCUGGCCCAGUCGUUAUGGGCCCUCUUCACCUCUACCCUGGUCAUCUCCCUGGUAUUUGCUGUCAUCCCCUUCUGCCAUGACGUGAAGGUAUUGGCCUCGGUCAUAGCGCUGGCGGGCCUGGCCAUGGGCUGCAUCGACACCGUGGCCAACAUGCAGUUGGUGAGGAUAUACCAGAAGGACUCAGCCUUCUUCCUUCAGGUCCUUCAUUUCUUCGUGGGCCUUGGUGCUCUGCUGAGCCCCCUGAUCGCGGACCCCUUCCUGUCAGAGGCCAACUGCUUUCCUGCUAAUAACACAGCCAAUGCCACCUCCAGAAGCCAUGGAUCCCGGGUCCUGAGCCAACAUCACACAGCAGCCCAGCCUUGGAUAAACCAGACGAUCCCCAGGCCACCCCCAAAGGAGGUGACCGAGAACCACGUAUCCUAUGCCUUCUGGAUCAUGGCUCUCAUCAAUCUCCCAGUGCCCCUGGCUGUCCUGUUCCUGUUGUCCAAGGAGCGGCUGCUGACCUGCGCCCAGAGGAAGCCACUGCUCCUGUCUGCGGAUGAGCUUGCGCUGGAGACCCGGCCUGCUGAGAAGGAAGACGCCUCUUCACUUGCCCCCAAGUUUCAGCCACACUCCGGGCAGGAGGACCUGUUCAGCUGCUGCCAGAGGAAGAACUUCCGGGGAGCCCCGUGCUCUUUCUUCGCCAUCCACAUCACGGCCGCUCUGGUCCUGUUCAUGACAGACGGGAUGAUGGGCGCUUAUUCGGCCUUCGUGUACAGCUAUGCUGUGGAGAAGCCGCUCUCUAUUGGACACAAGUCAGCUGGUUACCUCCCUAGCCUCUUCUGGGGUUUCAUCACUCUGGGCCGGUUCAUCUCCAUCCCAGUCUCCUCAAGGAUGAGGCCAGCCACCAUGGUGUUCAUCAAUGUGAUGGGAGUGGUGGUGACCUUCCUGAUGCUGCUUAUCUUCUCCUACAAUGUCAUCUUCCUGUUUGUGGGGACCGCGAGCCUGGGGCUGUUCCUCAGUAGCACCUUCCCCAGUAUGUUGGCCUACACCGAGGACAUCCUCCAGUAUAAAGGUUGUGCGACCACAGUGCUGGUGACUGGGGCAGGAAUUGGCGAGAUGGUCCUGCAGAUGCUGGUUGGCUUGAUCUUUCAGGCCCAGGGCAGUUACAGUUUCCUGGUCUGUGGUGUGAUCUUUGGCUGCCUGGCUUUUAUCUUCUACAUCUUGCUCCUGUUUUUCCACAGGAUACACCCUGAACUCUCAUCAGUUCUUACCCAAGACAAAGCCCUUGGUGUGGAGAACUCUGAGUGCUACCAGAGGUGAAGAGCUGAAGAGCUCAGCUCCUGAGCAACAGGGUGACCAGACUGACACAGGAAGCCAGGGUUGCACGGGAGGCUGUUCUUGUUUGUGUCUUCCUUCCCUGAGUCUUCCCUGGACACGUCCAGCACCUGCCUGACACUUUAGUUAUCUUCCUCUCUGGUCUGGACUUGUUGUCCUGACAACCAGAUGGGAGGAUGAAAGACAGCCCACACACACCUCUCCACACACCACCCCACGCAUGGGCUAAGCUCUGGGUUUGAGAUCACAUUUAGUUGAGGUUUGAAAAACAUGCUAAAAUCCUAAGUCAUUAAUCACUGCUAGGUGUAGAUGUAUUUUAAAUCAAUCAAACCCCUCUGGCAUGUUAAAAAAGAUUUAUGUGUUCUUCACUUAUCCAUGGUCCCAAGUCCCUCACAUCUGUCCUGCAGAAAUCAGUUUAUUUGUGUCCUAAGACAACAAAGGAAAUGUUGAAUCUUGCUUUGAGACCCUAGUUCAGUGUUGCACCGGGCUAACUCAGACAAGCUAUAGAAAGCUGACUGUUAAAUUUUCAUUUUGAGAGCUAGUAGCCAUGACUAAGACUUAAAUUAUUAUUUUUAUUAUUAUUGAGAUGGUAUUUCUCUGGGUAGCCCCAGCUGUCCCGGAACACACUCUGUAGACCAGGCUAUCCUGGAACUCACUCUAUAGACCAGGCUAGCCUCAAACUCACAGAGAUCCGCCUGCCUCUGCCUCCCAAGUGCUGGGAAUAAAUGUGUGCACCACUACCUAACUUUAAAAAAAUAAUUUGUAACUAAACAAGGGUAAUACUCCAAACCUCACUUUCUAAUUUUACACGGCGGAUGCUCCUGAGCCCCAGAAGCAGCUCAGAAGCUGCCCAGGAGUGUUCAUGGCGCCAAGGUGAUGACAUUAAUGUGACAGAAUACUGCUGGGCUCCUCCCCUCAGCUCUCUGUGACAGCCUGCUGGUAGUCCAAGGUCAGCCAUGGCCCAGAAAUGGCGAAAGCCAUACCCCUGGGGACAGGUGGGUUUUCCAGCGUCUCUCUGCUAACGAGUGAUGCUAACUGGUUCAGAAAGCACAGGAAGAAAGAAAUGGACAGCCUAUUGUUCUUUACUGAGAUCCUCAAGGUACAGAAGAAUUUUUUAAAAAAAUAGCUCAUUUGGAAUUUUAUACCUUUUAUAGAUGAAAACUUUAUACUGUGUCAGGGCAUUCCCCCCCCCCCAUAUAAAUCUAGGGCCACUGUAUAAUUCAAGCCAUGCAGUAUACAGACAGCAGUGUCAGUAUGCAGAAAUCAGUGUCUGUCAGGAGUGCCUACAGAAUGUAGGUUAGUAAUCCAGAGAAUACAAGAAGACGGCUCACCAGCCUGGACAGGGCUGGGUGCAAGGCUUCUGGCAUCAGCGACAUGAUGUGAUUUGUCCCUGGGAAGUCUCUGGGAGGGACAAAUUUCUGUUACAGUCAUUGGUUUAAUCCGUGCAUUCUCUGUGCAUAUACAUGUGUUCAUAUGAGCAUGGGCUCAUGGUCCCAAGGGCUGUAGUUCACACACUAGACACCAGCAGAACAGAGGCAGACCAGGUAUCAGCCUUCUAGCUGAGAUCCCAAAAGCCCCCCUGUCCCCCAGCUCCAGCCUUGCUUGUUUUUACCAGUAUGAUGGCAUUUCUAAAAGCACCCUACCUCACAGGAAUUCUGAGAGAACUGAGAGUGUGUGGAGCAUCUGCUGCAUGUCCUACAUGGGAACUGCCUUCCAAAUGUUCAUGGUUUUUUCUUCUAUUACCUGUAACACUUCAUAAGCAGCUUAGAAGUCAUCUACAUUUGGUACAAACUUUAAGUCAAAUUUAACUUUGAAACGCCAAUGGCCUAAGCAAAUCCUUUUAACUAUAUUUAUAAAUUCUUUGAAAAGUACCUCAUACUAGCCAUAUUAAAAUCUAACUGGGCAAUCUAACUAUGGCGACCGACUGACCUGGGCAAAGAGAAAGCAGUUGUAUUUUUCUUGUAGUUUUUUUUUUUCAAGAAAACAUCCUUUUUAUACAGAUCUAGAAAGAAGAAUCACUGCUUAUUCCUACAUUGGUGAUGAUUGAUGUGUUAAUAUAGAAAAUAAAAUAGGAUCUCAUACUUUCCUAAAAUAAAGUAUUUUAAACCUA